AUGUCUGGCACUGCUACCACGUUGAGUCUCUCCUCGGCCGAGGAGUCCGCUUCUCACAACAUCAGCAAUAGCACAGAAGAGCAACUUGAAGAGGUCUACGUCACUCGGAAGAUUGUAUGUACAACAUCUGUCAGUCGUUAUGACUUUGAUAGUUUCUUGUUCCAAGCAGCAUGGUCUUGUCCUGAGACAGGUGAAACGACAGAUCGUGCGCUUGGAUUCAAGGACGAUAUGAAAACCCUCCGGGAGAAUCUUCAGGCCGAAAAAGAGUACGCCAGUGACGCAGUUCAAAGUAUGCUCCUGAGGCACGGAACCACAGAAGAUACAUUAACAGCUCUACCUCGUACCGACUUUGAACUUGCGAUUGAAUCAAAUUUCUUUCUUUUUUUCCCUCAGGGUGAUCCUGGGCUUCCUAGCUCUUACACUCGAGAUGACAUGGAGUUGCUCAAGUAUGCUGCUAGUCAGAAGAAAAAUGAGGAAUACACAACAACAAAAUACUAUGACCGUUUGGUGACAAUUGGACAAGAUGUGACAAAUUAUGAUCCCAAUGAUCAGGUGGUAGAACAAAAUGAACUGAAUGCAGAGCAAGCUGCACAGGCACAGCAAUUCCAGGAGGAUUAA